AUGUCUGUGGAUUUCAAGUUUUCCGACGUCGUUUCCGGCAAUUCCGGCAAUUGUUUCCGUCAAUCGAGAGGGCCUUUGCGAUUGCUUCUGGUGAAACUAUGGACAUUUGAAGGAUGUGUUGUAGCUAUUUCUGAAUGGCUUAAAUAUGUUGACAAAGAACCAUGCAGGACUUCUUCGCAUACCGGAUAUAAAUGGGUAAUGGAUGUUUUAAAUGGUCAUAAGGUAAGGUGCCAUGAACAAUUUAAGAUGGAAAAACAUGUCUUUAUAAAAUUGGUAGAGACACUUACAGGUUCAUAUGGUUUGAAAGAAGUUGGAGAUAUACCAUUAGUUGAGGCAUUAUCAAUGUUCCUCAUCGUUUUAGGUCAUGGGUUCACUAAUAGAAUGGUCCAAGAAAGGUUCCAACAUUCUGGUGAGACGGUGUCAAAGUGGUUUGGGAUAAUGUUAGAUGUUGUUUGUCGCAUGGCUAGUGAUAUCAUAAGUCCACAAGACGCACAAUUUAGGAGAGUUCCGGAUAAAAUUAAAGAUGAUGAUCGAUAUUGGCCAUAUUUCAAAGAUUGCAUAGGGGCAAUUGAUGGUGCUGCUCACGAUGCACGAAUAUUCAUGGAAGCUUUACGAAGACCAAUUUUAAAGUUUCCUCAUCCACCUACAGGUAAAUAUUAUCUAGUGGAUGCAGGCUAUCCACAAAUCAAAGGAUAUUUAGGGCCAUAUAGGGGUGAGCGAUAUCAUCUUCCUGAUUUUCGACGUGGAAGUCAACCAAGAGGGAAGAAAGAAAUAUUUAACCACAGGCAUUCUUCCCUAAGAUGCACAAUCGAAAGAACUUUUGGUGUUUGGAAAAAUCGUUGGAGAAUGAUAAGACAAAUGCAUAACUUUCCUAUGUAA